AUGGGGCGGCCGGUUCCGAGCACCCGGCAGUGCCGGGCUAGGUGUGGGCUCUCCGAGCAUGAUGUAGUUGAGUUUCUUCAGCGCGCCGGCGGCAGGAGGGUUUGGAAGCGCAUUUUGCUUGUUGAUUGCCAGUUUGAGGAUUCUCUGGGUGAAGGGCUGAAUCAGCUUUUGCCAACUCCGGCGCUGCGAUGUCGAGUGACCUUGAUUAUAAUGUGGGGUGACCAGCAAGAUGGACCAGGAGAAAUGAGUGUACAAAAGAAUAUUUUAAAAGUACACAGGAGCAGGAAGUGCCUGGGAAUGUAUAGGGUUAAUCUUGUCUGCAAAGUAAUUGAGAAAAAUAUCCACUGGUUUCUGAGGGCACUCUAUUACCAGCCGAAGAUCACUCACAGUGAGCCGCAGAAGUCAUGCUCCAAGCCUGUAGCAGAGAAAGUCACAGAGAGCUGCCAGCAAAUUUGCCAGUGCAGGCCACCUCCACCAUUACCACCGCCUCCUCCACCUCCACCGCCCCCAAGGUUGCUAGUGGUGCCGACUCCCAAGUCUACCUUUUGUCCCACUGAAGAGACCUGGUGGCCAGGCCUGGUUAUUAUCAUUGCAGUAUGCUGCGCCACACUAGUGUUCCUCUUCGUAGUUGUCAUCAUUUGCUACAAAGCCAUAAAAAGGAAACCAAUGAGAAAAGAAGAGAACGGAACCAGUCGGGCUGAAUAUGCAAUGACCUCCUCCCAAAACAACAAAACAGUUGAUAACAAUGCGGUCGUAUAA